AGGAGAGUGAAGGAGAGUGAAAGAGUGAAGGAGAGUGAGGGAGAGUGAAGGAGAGUGAGGGAGAGUGAAGGAGAGUGAGGACCGACGAUGCUGCACUCUGAGUCUGAGCCCCAGCUCUACAGUGUGUCCAGGACGCUGUGUGGGAUUUCUGCCCACACACUUUGCGCUGCUUUCACCAUCCUGAUGGCGGCGCUAGCAAAGCCUGGCUCCAGUUUGUUCUCCUGGCACCCGUUCCUCAUGACGCUGGCGUUCUCCUUCUUCAUGACGGAGGCGAUUCUGCUCUUCUCUCCACACUCGUCUCCGGUGGUGAAGCUCAAGCACCAGACUAAAGCUCGUCUGCACUGGAUCCUGCAGUGUCUCAGCACCUCCUGCGCCGUCGUCGGCCUGGGCGCCAUCUUCUACAACAAACACCUCAACGGCAAACCGCACUUCGCCUCCUGGCACGGACUGAUCGGGGUUAUAACGGUGGGAGUCGUCGUGAUCCAGUCGGUGGGCGCGCUGCCUCUUCUGUACCACAAACUGGCCAAAGGCUGGUCGCUGGCCAAGCUGAAGCGCUACCACGCCGCCUCUGGACUCCUGACGUAUCUGCUGGGCAGCACCAGCCUGCUGCUGGGCACCUGCUCCGUCUGGUUCACGGGCAGCGUAAGCGGGUACGUCUGGUACCUCGCCGCUUUCUGCCCAACGCUGGCCGCGCUGGUGGUCAUGAGUCAGGUCACUAAUGCUUACAUGGCCAAGAAACGGCUGCAGUAUUAAGACUCCAACUCUACUUUAGCCAAACAGUGUGAUGCUGUCUGAAGUUUGUUAGAGCAACAGUUUGGGAAAAAUCUUUGCAGUAGAGCUCCGAGGCAGAGUUAGCAGGGCGCUAACGGCGUGCCUUAAUGAUCGUGACUCGCCUCAAACCGUCUGGUUAUUAAAUAGUCUCUAACAGUCUUGAUUGUGUGUUCUCUGACACUGUAUGACUCACUGUUAUCUAUUGAAGCUGUUUUUAGCUACGCUAAUGUUCUUUGGUCCAUUUCUACAGAAAACGGUGUCUCGAGUCAGAAACCACAUAAUCAGGUCUAUUUUAGGUGUUAGACACCGAAGUCCAGAGAGGCCCAUAAAGUAGUUAUAGUUUUCUGGACAGUUAUGUUGAGAUAACGAGUCAAUUAUCUUGUGAUCUCAAGAUAACAAAGGUAUUAUCUUGAGAUAACGAGUUAUCUUGUGAUCUCAAGAUAACAAAGUUGUGAUAACAAGUUAAUU